UAUGACCUUAUAUAUUCAUUUUCUAAAAAUAAAUUCCAUACAAAAUAUGCAUUUGUAAAUAAUACACUUUAAUAAAAUUUAUCCAUACUUGGAGAAAUUACAAAUCGCAUCGCUACGGCAACACCGUAAACAACAUUUACAUGUUCGUGCAUAUUCUAGAUUUUUGGUUUUAGAAACAUUAAGAGAAAACAAAAUAAAGUCAGAGAUGCCUCUAAUUGUAAAGGAUUUUACAUGGGAACAGACUGAUAAAGUUGUUUUCAUAACUGUUCCACUUAAAGGUGUAAAAGCAAACAAAGUUGAUAUAUUUUCUUCAGAAGAAUAUUUGAAGGUCAGUUUUCCGCCCUAUCUGUUUGAGUGCUUCUUAUAUGAACCUGUAGAAGAUGGAGAUAGUGUUGCUCAGGUUGGAAACGGUGCUGUGGUGUUCAAACUGCUUAAGAAAGAGGGAGACAAAUGGCCACAACUACAGUCUGAUUUGAUUGGAGACAAAUCUGCUAUGAAAGCAAAGAGAGAUGAAGCAUUUGCAAAGGCUGAAAUAAAAGCCAAAGAGCGAGACGAGAGAAAAGCAGAAGAAAAACGAGCCAAUGAAAAAUACGCUCUUAAUGAAAUUAUGAAGGCAGAGGAAGAGGAGAGGAACAGAAUUGAACAAACUAAAGAGAAUGAACGACUGAAAGCUACUCAAGAACUAGAGACAUGGAAGGAAGAACAAAGACAAGCUGCUGAAAAGGAGAAAGAGAGAUUACUAGAAGAGCGUCGCAAAGAGGAAGCCAUUGAACGUGAAAAACGUAAAAUUCAGGAAAGACUACAAAAAAGACAAACCAGAGGUAAGAAGGCAAGUAUAUUUGAAGAAAAUGCAGAAGGGGCACCAAAGAGAGAAGUGGGUAAAAUAGCAGUAUCUUUUACACACAGAGAAUUUCCUACACCAGAGAGAGAAUCUGUAAGACCUAAAGAAGAAGAGUGGUUGAAGAAACAAGCUGAGGCAAGGCGUGUUAUUGAACUUGAAGAUGAAAAUUUAUCUGAAGAAGAAAAGAACCCAAUGUGGCUAAGAGACAAGGGAAAUGAAUUUUUCAAGGCAGGAAAUUUGGAGGCAGCAAUUAAUGCGUACUCUCAUGCAUUACGACUCAAUCACUCACUUCAUUCAUGUUAUUCAAACAGAGCAGCAUGUCAUCUUAAAAUGAGAAACUUUUUCAAAUGUAUAGAAGAUUGUUCAAAGGCUUUAGAGUUACUAGUCCCAAAAGUUCAACAGAAUGCAGACAGUCGCCUGAAGUGUCAUGUAAGACGUGGAACAGCUUUCUGUCAGCUGGAGAUGUAUGUAGAAGGAUUACAAGAUUAUGAGGCAGCUCUAAAGCUUGACCCGAAGAAUGAGCAACUUCUGGGAGACUCAGAGAAAAUACGACACAUCAUUCAGACGGAGACAGUUAGUUGAUGUGACAGAUAGUGUGCCAGUGACAGUUUUUGAUAGUAUUCUCAGAGAACAUUGCUUCAGUGGAGCUAAUUUUAAGGAGGAGGCAAUAUGGAGUUAGAAGUUACUUGAUUUCCUGAUGAAUGGAAACUAAGUUGCAUAUGCAUCAAAAUUUUCAAUCAAAAAUUUAGAUUACAGAUUUUGAAAAUUUCAAGAGCCAUCAAAAUCAAAAUUCAUUUUUGUUUGUUAUUUAAAAAACGAUAGUUUUUGCUUUACAUGAGUUUGAAUAUUUAUAACUUUGAUGUUGAAGUAUAUUCAACAGAUCAAUUUCAAUGCUCAUGUCAGAGUGUUAUAUACAGUGAUGAAUGCUUGCCUUGAUUAUCAAUUAUUUACCUUACCAGUGUAAGUUGUAGUACUUCUAAUGUAAAUAUUUGACAUGUUUUGAUUUGUUUUCCAUGUUCCAUCCUAAUCAUUAAA